AUGUCAAAUCAACAAUACUUAGAAUCAACAGCCCAAGAUUCCAAAGCAUCAAAUGAAGUCAAUCCAGACUUGGAAACAUUCUAUCAAAAAUAUGGAGAUUUGGAGAUUAAAUACAUUGAACCACCUCAACAUUCACCAUGGUUUACAAAACCAUAUGCUCUUAAUUAUUUCCAUAAUGAUACUUUAUAUCGUACAAAGAAUGAACGAACUUCAAGUAAAUUAGAAUUAUUUUUAGACUUAGUUAUUACGGGGAUUUUAUCAAAUUUAACAAGUAAUUUUAUAUCAAAAGGUGGGUCAGGAUAUGAAUUAAUUAAAUUUCUAGGGUUAUUUAUAACUGUUUUCGUUAUAUGGAGUGAUUUAAAAGAUUUUAUGAAUUAUUAUUUUAAUGAUGAUUUAUUACAACGUGGGUUUGUUAUUUGGUUAUUAGUGUUAUUGAUUACAUUUGAUAAUAAUUGUGAAUUUAUUGAUUUAGGUGAUGAUGAUGAAAAUACUUUAUGGAUUUGUGUUGGAUGUUAUUCAAUGGCUAGGUUAAGUCUAAGUGCUAUGUUAUUAUUUUAUUCUUUUUUUAUUCAUGAACAUAAAAUUCAAAUGAGAUUAUAUGGUAUAUCAUUAAUUAUAACAAGUUUAUCAUGGUUUUGGAUUUUCCAAAUCCAUAAUGAUUCUUAUAAAUGGAUCUUUGCCGGGUUUAUGCUUGUAAUAGAACAAGUUAUAUUUUGUUUUAGUGUCCUACCAUGGACCAAAAGAAAAUUAGGACUUGAAUAUUCCACAGCGUUAAAUAUUGAACAUGAAGAUGAAAGAUUUAGUGGAUUUGUUAUUAUUGGAAUUGGUGAAUUAUUAUAUAAUAUUGUUUCAGGUAGUCCAUUACAAAAAGGUUUAAAUGAAAGAUUAACAAAGGGGUUAAGUAUUUUAAUUAUGGGAUAUUUAAUUAUGGGGAUUUAUAAUCAUAAAGAUGGUUGUUUAAGAGCUACACAUGCCUUGAGAAGAAGUGCUAUAACUGCAAUUCUUUAUAUUUAUUUACAUGCCCCUCUUGUGGCUUCAUUAUUAAUUAUUGGAGAUUCAGGAAUUGAAUUAAUUCAAUAUCAUAAAGUUAUAACAGAGGAAAAUUUUAAUAUUUUAAAAUGUUUCCAGGUUGGUUUAGGUAUGGUUUUAAUUUUAUUAACUGGGUUAGCAAGUUUAGAUAAAAGUAGAGAUGGUGAAGAUUCUCAAGAAUUUUCCAAGUUUGGUAGGUUAUCAAUGAGAAUCCCUGUUGCAAUUGUUAUAAUUGGGUUAACAUGGAGUUUUAAAAUGUUUUCAAUUGGAACAAUAAUAUGGAUUGAUACAGGAUUAUUAUUUAUUUGUUAUUUUUAUGAAUUUAUUGUUAUGAAUCCAUUAAAUUUUAAUAUUAGGAUUAAUUUAGGAUUGACAAAUGUUCAAGAUGUCUAG